AUGAGUUUUAAAACUUCUAGCGAUAGUGAUUUUGACGUAAAAAUAAUCGUUGGAAAUGGACGAAAUACUAAGGAAUUUAAAGCGCAUUCAACAAUUUUAAGUUCACGUUCUCUUUAUUUUCAAAGAGCCUUAUCCGAACGAUGGAAUAACAAAGAACAAGAUUUUUAUGUUUUUAAAAAUCCAAAUAUUUAUCCAGAUACUUUUGAGAUUAUACUUGAGUAUUUUAGAUAUUUUGGAUUUAACGAGAAAGCAUAUUCUAGUGAAACUCCAAAUAGUUUCAUUUUUUCAUUUACUAAUCCAUCAAAUCCAAUAUUAAGUAGAAUGGUUACAGGAAGAAAUAAUAAGGCUAUCUGGAGUGAUAAAUACCAUGGACCUUGUUUUGGAAAUUUUGAAUUACAAAUGAAUUCAAAUUGUUGGAGUUAUGCACAUUCGAAUCAUUAUCAUCAUAGAAUAACUAAUUCAAGUCAGUUUACUGUUGAUGAAUAUGAAGUUCUUGCAGUUAAUAAUUUUAAUCAAAGCAUAAAUGUAGUGCUAAAAAAAAUUCCAGAGUUG